GACUUGCGCGCGGCAGCGGCGGCGACGAGCGGGGCCCGGCGGCCGCUGCGGGAUGGCGCCGCCGCCGCUGCUGCGCGCCGUCAUUAUGGGCCCGCCGGGCUCCGGCAAGGGCACGAUCUCGGCGCGGAUCAUCAAGCACUUCGGCAUGAAGCACCUCUCUAGCGGAGAUCUGCUGAGGGACAACAUGCAGAAGAAGACAGAAGUUGGAAUCCUUGCCAAGUCCUACAUUGAUCAAGGAAGGCUUAUUCCAGAUGACAUCAUGACACGGCUGAUGCUGAAUGAGCUAAAAGGUCUAGAUCGGUACAACUGGCUGCUGGAUGGUUUCCCUAGAACAGUUGCUCAAGCAGAAGCCCUGGAUAAAGAAUGUCAAAUAGACACUGUGAUUGACCUAGACGUACCAUUUGAAACCAUAAAAUGUCGUCUCACUGCACGGUGGAUCCACCCUACUAGUGGCAGAGUCUACAACCUUGAAUUCAGUCCUCCCAAAGUGCAGGGCAUUGAUGACAUUACUGGAGAACCCCUGGUUCAACGAGAUGAUGAUAAGCCAGAGACGGUUACCAAGAGGCUGCAGGCUUAUGAUGCACAAACAAAACCUGUUCUAGAAUACUAUCGGGAAAAAGGGCUGUUGAAAUCCUUCUCUGGAACAGAAACUAAUAAAAUCUGGCCACAUAUCUAUACUUUCCUCCAAACCAAGCUGCCGGAUGUGAGCCAGAAAGAUGCUGCCACUUCCAUGUGAAAUUACGUCUAACUUCUGCUCGCUGGUCAUAGCACACACACGAUUACGCAAAAUUCAGCAAUCAAGGAUUACUCUUAAGAAAUGUACCAGACUGAUCAAUAAUUAAAGUCUCCUGUUGUCCCUAAAUUACAUUAUGAUAAAACUA